GAAAAGUUAACCCCGCGCCGCUUUGUGGGGGAGCCCGCCGGGGGCUUCGGUCGGAAGGCAGGGAUCGCCGUCGGUGCCGCGGCGGCGGCGCUACGCCGCCCGCAACGCGAGGGGUGCGUUUGGAGCGGCGAAGCCAGGCGGCUGGUGCCGGGCCCGCCGGCGGCUUGCCGGCUGUGGCUGCCGCUUCCUUGUUGGGGGACCGAGCCACCCCCUGCCCGGAGCCCCGCGGCCCGGCUGGGUUCCUGCCCUGCUCUGCCCUGCCACGGAGGUCACGUCCUUUUUUCCUCUCCUCCAGCAGGAGGAAACUUGCAGUGUUUUCUUUUCUGCUGGAAACAAUGCGUGAAAGCGUUAUCGCUCCUCUGCCACUGCUUGGUUGUUGAGGGCAAACGAAGCCGAUGCAGAUGUGUCAGCGUUGGGGGCAACUAGGAAGGUGUAUUUUCAGUUAGCAGCUUACUGUCUGCUCAACUCUAGGCUAUGGAGGAAGGUAAUUAAAUAACACACUGAAUCCAACGCUAAAUCGAGAACGAGCCAUUCCUUUUUAUUUCGAAUGCCUCUGGGGAUGCUGGUGCUGCUGGGGCUCGGUGCGUGCCUGCAUUCCCACCCAGGAGCCAGGGCUGUCCGGCAGCCCCUGAGCUCAGGUGUUCCUCUCCUGGCACGGGACAGGGGGUCUGGUGGCGUGUGUGGGAAUGUGGUUUUGGCUCACCCAGACGUUGCCCUAAGUGCUAGUGGGGAAUUUUGGAGAGGGGAAAUUUCACUGUUGUUGCAUUAUUUUGCAUUUUAAAUGUGUUGAUUUAAUGUGUGCUGUUUUGCACCCUUGUAGAAAAUGAUCGUGUUUUAGGAGAGGGGGAGGCGAACUUGCAACGUUCUGUUAAGCCUCUGUGCUUUGUGGCAUUUUAAUUUUUUGGGUACCGGAAGACCAUUAAGGCUCCAUAGCAUGACUUAGUUGUGUUGGUAGCUGAGCUGUGUAACCAGUUCUGAAACCACCAAAACCUUCUCUUUUAUGCGCUCAGGAUUCAGUUGCAGACUCUGGUGUCCAUUUUAAACUGAGCAGUCUCCUGCACAGCUGUAACGUUCCUGGUUAUCCCCCUAAAUAAAGCUUAAAAACAAUUUAUGGGCUUGGCCGCUCUCCCAGACAUUUUUCAAAUGAGAAGUGUAUAUUGUCUCUUUGUAACUUUUUUACUUUUGCAGGUUACUGUUUAACCACUUAAGGGCAGGCCUUGUAGGUGAAGGUUAAUAGCGUUGGAAAAGUUACCUGAGGAGCUUCGUGCUACUUCAUCAUCAGUUUCAUCUCUGUCCUUUCCGAGCUCCUUGUCUUUCUGAUGAAGAAGCAGUGCCUGCCUUUGGCCUGCUGGCCUUGCUUCUUUCCCUCCGUCCUGUGCUCUGAGUAACCUGGACUGCAAGUACUAAAAGACUCUCCUGAGGCUGAAGGCAGCCCUGCUAGCUAGGGGGAGGAUUUGGGGUGGUCAGACGUGUUCUGACAGAGCUCCUUGAGAUACAUUACCCACCGCCGAGAUGGCAGCGAGCAGGCUGUAACAUCAAAGAGAUCUGUGAGAUGGAGUAAAAAAGCGUAAAGAGAAGAUGAAUGCAGAAAGGAACAGCAGUUCUACAGGUCAGAUUUUACAUGUUGUGAAAAUGGUUUCCUGUGGGUUUCUUGUUUUGUCUUUCUGUAUUUCAGACAAAAUAAUUGGAUUCACGAUCUACAUUCCUCACCUGUGCACACUUUCUAACAAGCCCUCUUUUUUUUUUUAUUGUGUGUGGUUUUUGGUUGCUGUUUUUAUUAAGUACCCCUACAUCUAGUUCUGUUCUAGCAGCAGUGCUGCUCAGGCUUUAGGCUAGUAGGUGCAGCUUCUCUCUGACUCGAUGGUUCUAAUAAAGUUCUGAGGGUACCAGCUCCUGCUCAACCCGCAUUCUACAUGUCUCAUGUUUUGUGUGUUGUCCAUUCAAAUAAAAUUCUUGAAUUCUUGGAUGUUUCUAUCUUUUUCCUCGUAAACAUUCUUUUAAAGCCUUGUUAUUAGCAGUGCAUUUGCACUGUUUGGUUUGUUUCUCACUUUCUUGUUUUUCAGGUAUUCUGGGGAGGAAAAAAAAAAAAAAAAAAAAAAAAAAACAGCUCAGCAGCAUUAGUAAGUGCCUCACAUGUAGACAGAACUGUGCCUAACAAUUCUUCCUCAGUGUGCCUGUAUUUAUCUUGGGCUUAGAUGUGCCAUCCGUGUUUGGAUAGCUUCCUGGACUUGAACCAAAUCUGUGGAGCUGGCGGGGUUGGAUAGUCAGAGAGCUGCCCUGGGUGUAAUUCAUGGAGCCCUCCCAUGUGAAGCUGAGUAUCUUUGAUGGAUACGUUUCCUGAACAUGGCAAAAGAAAAAACCUUUUUAUACACACUGGACUGUUUGACUGCAUCUUCCUCUUUGGAACCAGAAGUAAGGAAAGGUCUGUUUUCUUGUUUUGACACAGUAUCACAUGAGUUUCUAAGCCUUUGCAUUAUACUGGAUCUGUCCUACACAUGUGUAGUGUUAUCUACAAAAUCCCUCGUUUCAGUGGAGUCAGAAAAGGCAUCUUAACCAUGGCUCUCUGCUGCAGUUCUUGCUACAGUGAAAUUGCCCGUGCAUAUAGCAGGCUAGUGGUGUGCAUGUCAUCCAAGUGAAAGACUAGAUGGAAAACAUUGUGUUGUUAUUCAGAUGUGUGAUUUGGUCUUGUGAUGCUCUGCAAUACUCUUUCCAUAUUCCCACAUAAAUACCUUUUUUUUUUUUUUUUCCUAUCACUAUAAUUUUAGGGGUCUGACCUUUACUGGCUGUACCUGUAAGCAGAAUGCUUUAGUGUAUAUAUAAUGCAGCACUUCCUUGUUAAGUGACAAACGAGGGCUUCUUGCCAAUUCCUAACCGAUUUUAUUUUUUUCUGUUGAGUAGUUUUGGUAACAGUAGAUGAAAAACAGUCCUGUUGUUCCUUUUUGGCAGUGUGUAGCUUCCCACUUUCUUGUGAGAGCAGGAUGAGCAAAGAGCAGCCACCUGACCAGCUGUCCCAGCACUCAGGCAGUGCUUUGCUUUAGGUAACGGAUUUGAAUGAAGAUACUGAGAUCAGGGCAGAAGAUUUCAAGUACCAAAUGGUGAGCUUGCAAGUAUGACAACCAAGUUUUUGUUUUCUUAGUAUUAGAAAUAGUAGAUGAAUAUAUUUCAGAUCCUCUUCAGGGAUAAAAGGCAAUAUUUCCUUGCUGGUAACACAUCGUUGAGUCUACACUGUUCAUAUUCUGGAGUAAAGUUAAAAACCUGGUUUCUUCUGGGAAGAUGAGAUACAGAAGAUCAAGAGAUGGUGUGGAACUCAAGAGUAUAAGUGGGGUGUGCUUAAAUGGGAGAGACGCAGCAUGUCUUGCAGUUCAGCCAUCUAUCAUCUUUCCAUACUGAUGUUUUUUUGAGAAGAAAGCUGCUACUUCCAGUGUCUGCAUAAGCAUGUGCCUUUUCCUUGGUGAGAAAGGAGAAUAUUGACCAGCAGGCUAAGUCUGGCAGUGGUGCUCAUUCUACCUGGAAGAAAACCGAGCUCUCAGUUGAAUUUUCGCAUUCAUUAGGAGUUUACAAAAGGGCUGAAGGUGGGGCGAUGAGUUCUGCAAACUUAAAUGGCAGGCAGCAGCGAUAACAAGCGAGACUGUUGUUAAAUAGUUAAUAACAGAUGGCUGAACUUCUGAUGCAAAUGAUCAGGCAGAGCAAGAGAAGUUCUCUGCAUCCUGACCCAGUGACUCCUCGCUGUUCCCAUGGCAACUAACACAUUUUUCCAGUUUCAGCAAAGUUUUUGGAACCGAAGAUGACUUGUUGGUUUUACGGCUUUAAAAUAAAUUUAAAAGGCAGAGUGGAGCAGCUGGAGGAGAAAACAUAAACCAGGAGAAUGUGGAUGUGAAUUCCUAGAGAUGUUGGUGUAUUUUUGUUCCUAUAAGAUCUUUCUGAAAAACAUCUGAAGUACUGUGCGUUUUAAGAAGCCUGUCAGUUAAAGCAUACAUUUAAAUGUGAAAGUUAAUAAUCUGAACAGAUCCACCUGAAUCCUUUUCAUGUAACCUAACAUGAAAAUUACCUGUUGCUGUUGGGAGAGUGCUGAAAGGGGUGAAGUGUGGAGGAAGAGGAGGUUUUUGGUAUGGUACGGAGAAGCAAGGCAGGGCUGUAGCUCGUGGGAUGGAUGUGGCUUUUUGUCUGUAGCCAUAGCAGGGCUGGAAGCUCUGCUGGCCACUGCACAAGGUAUGGCCUUCUCUGCUCCUUUUGUGGGGCAAAACUGAAAGACUAGAAGAGCGUUCUGGAGAAACGUUGCUACAGCUUUCCUCUGUGCUGUUCUUGCAGAUGGACCUGUGUCUGACUGCUGGAGCAGUGAGGAAGGACCCAACAGUUAACUUUCCUAUGUGUUAUAGCAAAGCUGCUGCGCAGCUGUACCUGCUGUGGUUAAGCUUGAAAUGGAAAGUUGAUGAUCUCUUGUUAGGUCAGGACCCCUGAACAGGCAUUUGUGGAGGCUAAACUACAUGGCACUGAGACCACUGCAGAAAAGUGCUUCUGAAGCAGGUUUUAGUCUGUUCCCCAGGGAGGGCCAUGGCCAGGGUCUGGGAAUGCUCCUGAAUGUGAGUCAUUUCUCACAAAGCAUAAACAAUCUGUUGUAAGCCUGCUUUAUCAGUGCUCUUGAGAACAGUUUCUUCAGCUGCUGCUGUUUCUGAGAUACAUUUAUGGCUGCAGGUCUUACAUUGUGCCAGUGGCUUCUUUAUAGAGUGAAGAAAGUCCUUCACAUUCAAGCAUACCAAGCCUGGAUAUACUCGAACUCUAUUGCCAGAGUUUCUCCUUUGCUGGUUGCUUACCUUGAUGGAUCAAGUAAUUCUUCGGCCACGUUAUUACUGCUAGAGAGGAAGGAAGUAAAUUUCUGAAAUUCUGACCUGGUGAUUAGCACUUGUUGUCUGUGAUACAAAUUAAGAGUCCCAUUCAGGUACCAGGGCUGUGUUUUGCUGUGCAUUGUACAGAUGUGGAACAAAAAGGCUGUCCUCACCUUGGACCUUAUGUGAGUAUCCAGCAAGGAAAUCAAUGCUUCCAAGAGAGGCUUGUAAGGAAACAAAGGAUGAUACUGAUGAGACAGAUAAACUGAUCUCAGCAUUGUUUUGCAGUGUGUACUUCCCAUCUGUGGGUUAACGUGGGAGGGAGGGAAGCACAGGUAAUUGAUGGACUUGAAGCUAAUGUCAGGCUAAUUGGCACCGAAAGUUUAGAGCUACAGUGAGUGGGAGACAACAGGAAUGUUGGCAAAUUCAUGGAAAAUCUUUUUUCUUUUAAGUAAUUUGCUCAUUAUGUAGAAAGAUUUCAGCAGAAAAACACAACAAGGUGUAUCGAGGAUCAAAAAAGACAACAGGAAAAUACAGUUUCCUGUGAAGCACCAGCCAGGCGUACCUUCCUCUUCAGGCUGGCUGCUGGUGAGGUGUAACCUUUUCUCUGUCCUCUGCACACUUGUUUCCAGUGGUGGGUCCCAUGGGAAGGGUGGGCCCUGCUGGUGCUGCCUGGAGCAGGAGCUGUGCUGGCACUGGGCUGCUCCCACAGGCUGUGCCCAGCCAGAGCCUGGGCUUCCAGCUUUGUCCUCUCAUACUGCACAGAGCUCCUGUCUGAGCAGCUCCAGAGCUCAUGCACUGCUGUCAAAUCCACGCACUGGAGAUGCAGGCUGGUGCGGGGACAUCCAGGGAGAGCCCUUUCUGCACAUAAAGCACUUCAUUCUUUCUCUUUUUUAAAAAGCAUCCUCUCCGAGCAACAAAGCUGUGUGUUGUGGUUGCUUGAAAAUAAUAUAUUUUCUUCAUGGAUUUGUAUCAGAAAAUCUCCGUGUGAUCUCCUGGUUGUUGCAUACUUGGGGUUGGUGUUGCUUAUGGGACUUCUUUGGUCUGAUGCUCAGCUGGAGCAUCUGCAGGCAUUUGUGUUCGAUGAAGCGAUGGGUGGGCAGAGCCUUCAUGUUGCUGGUGUGCAGCUGAUGGUGACUCUUCAGCAUUUCUGAACUGAAGACAACUUGAGGCAAUUUCCCCUAACAGUAAAGAAAGUAAUUUUGGCAUCUUCUGUUUGAAGUUUAAUUGAAUACUUAAUGUAUAUGUUGGUAUAUUUUCUGCUGGUUUCAAACUCGGCGCUUUCUCCCCAUUGCGUACUGUUGAUUAAAUAUAAUGUAUCGAGGAGGAUCUAGGCUUGCUUUAUUUCAUCACACUUUGCUUCUGUGGGUUGUUUUGCACAAAAUACAGAAGAGCUGGUGGAGGACCUUGGGCCUCAACUGGAUAAAAACAUUUAUUCUCCAUACGCUGCUUGCUUUGCUAUUUUUAGCACACUGUUUUCCUUUCCUUGUGAUUCAUUGCUCUGUGCCUUGGCUUGCAGGUCACCUGGCUUUGGAUGUGCAGACCAGGGCUGGAUCUCUGCUGGCACAACAGUGCUGCGACCUGAGGAGCUGGGUGCUCCUGUGCUGGGGUGGCUCUGGAAGGGGUGGGGAAGGCUGAGCCCUGUCCCUGACCCAUACUCUGGAAAGUAUGUUCUAAGAAUAGGCGUACGGGGCGUUACAAACCCACGUGCGACGGGGAGCAGGGCUGGGCUAUGGGUGAUGUGAGGUCAGAGCUCAUGGGGCUGGCCAGCCCUUGGCUUGCCUCUGCCCUCAUGGAGGGACGGCUGUUUUGGAUGGAUGUGGUAGGAGUGCAGCGCUGCUAUUCUUGCUGUGGCAGUGUUAAUUUUAGCUUUCAGAUGAGUGUCUGGGGCUGUCAGAAGGCUGUUCUGCCCUGUGGGGUCAGGGUGGUGCUCCUGGGAACCAGCCCUCAGGCCACAGUGUGCUGCCUGAACAGAGGGCAGAGGGUCAGCAGGCGUGCAUGUUUGUAAGGCAGACAGGGGUAUGUUGGUAUGUUGGUGAGAUAGCAGCAGUCAGGUGGGUCCUCUUCCUAAAAGGAUACUUUCCAAGGAUUGUAUGUAAGGAAAGCCUGACUGUGCUGGGAGCAUCUCUUGUGCUGGUGGUAACACCAGAGCUGUAGCAGCGACCUGUUUGGGUGAGGAUCAGAACUCGUGCCCCUGAAGAGCUGACAUACUAAUCGUGCACACGGGAGGCCUCAGCUUGUAAUAGCAUUUUAAUAGAGCUGACUGCUUUAACCAGAAAAUUGGACUAGGUCAUCGGUGUUGGUUUUUUUUUCUCCCCAAAAUAACUUACUUCUCUCCUCCUCCCCAUCCCACAUCCUUCUCUGGCUCACUGGUUUGCUUUUUGUGACGUGCCUCAGUAAAGCUGAGAAGUUGCUGUAACUAUUAGAAAGAGGUACUGAUAGGUAACUUUGAGAGAAGUUCAUCGUGCAAGAGGUCCCUCGGUACUCUUGGGAAACUGUUCCGAUACCUUUGCUUUGUUGGCCAAGUGUUGGGUGCUGGUUUCCCAUAAUGUGUGGCUCACUGUUCAGAGGGAUUCCCCUGGCUCUUGCAGCUGUGGCAUCCCUGUUGAUUCCACCCAAAAUGAGUCAGCGUCGGGUGUUUGGAUUUCACGUUGCAUUUUCCAGAUUUGCUCUGGUUUAUUUUUGAGAGUCCUGGCAAUUAUCUGAAGCACGUGUCACGUGUUGUAACGGUUCUUUUCCUUGCAGUAACCUUAGGGAAGAAAAACACCAGCUUGUGUCUGUGAUGCUUUUGUCUGUGGUGCAAUACCAGGUGUUUAUGAAACAAAGUGGGACCUGUGCUCACACACCAUGCAGCUGGCAUUCACUGUGAGGACUUCUGCCUGCUCCCACUCCAGUCACAGCCAGAACUUAAUGCAGAGCUGCUGCCGACCUGUUUAAUGGAGGGAUGCGGUGGCGUCCAACUGGAGUCAGACCUCCCAGUACUGAACUGCUGCAACUGCUGUAUGGGUGUUACGCCUGCACGAAGAGGUGAGUGCAGCCAAAUACGUGUGCUUUUUCAUUGUGAAUUGUUAGGCUUCCAUUGAAAAGAAAGCAGCAGCUGUGGGGCUGCAGCAGCGUGGUUGAUGGAAGCCUUCAGUCUGUACGUGUGGCUGCAGCCAAGUCAGUUCUCGAAUUAGCAGGUUAGAGUAGUGAAGCUCCUCACUGCCUUCCUCGUUCUGUGCAGCCCUGCUGAGGGAUGGGGCUUUGUCCUUCCAAGAGGGCUCCAUUGGAAUCAGUAAGUGAAGGAGGCCUGAAAAGAUGUUUGAAUGUAGAUUUGGAAAUCUCAUACAGGAAAAUCCGUACUUGAAUGUAAGGAUGCUCACUUGUUUUUUGGAAUAAACCUAAAGAAUAAGCUUUUGCAUCUUCCAUAAGCUUAAGGAGGCUCUGGUUUCUGUCCCGGGGUGAUGUGCUGCCUCGUUCCCAGCUCUGCUGGUUCCCAGCCCACCUGGGGGCUGCAGGUGCAAGCUGCUGGUGGAGCUGGAUGCUUGCCUGGGGCUCAGCUGUGCACCCCCCUCCUGUGAACCAGGUAGGAUUUUGAAACAGAACAAUUUUAGCAACUUAUUUUCACUAUAGUCAAGCAAAAUUUGUUAGUUCUAAUAUAAGUGUAGACUGGUGUACAUGUUUGUUUCAUUAUGAUGUAAGGUUGUGUGCAAAUUCUUGUGUGCAUAUCACAUUUAAACAAGUGGCAAUCUAGGAAAUCCUAAUGUAAAGGAAAACACAAAUUGAUGUGUUUUUAAUUAAGUACAUUAUUGAGGCAAAAGUUCUCUUUGCUUUCAGUACCUGCCUGAUUAUAGCAUGUUAGUACAAGCAGCAUCUUUUGUAACUCCUUCUGUAGAGUGCUGGGUAUGGGAUCAGCAAAAACUGUAUGUUGCUCCAGCCUGCUUAUAUGUAAAAUGCUAACCAUCUUUUAAAACGUCAGCAUUGAGGCUCUUACAGCUUCACAGUGAUGUUCCAGCACUCGUUUACCUGGGUUAGGAUACAGUGCAGCAGCUGUAUUGUGGAAUAGACAUCUUUUCUUGCAGCUCAGUGAAUGGAGGGUUGGAACUGAGUUUGAAACUUGCUGCCUGUUUUCAGGUAUAGUCUUCCAUUACAUAAAUACAGACCAUGAAAUCAUAACGAUUGCUCUGCUUCUCCAUUUGUCAUUUCCUUGUGGAGUGAGAAACAAUUUGGCUUACAUCAUUUGUUCUUAAGUGUUCCCCUUCUUUUCCCAGUUAAGUGAAAAUAAAUUCAGUUUCCCUGACCAAAAUACUGAUGUUGGAUCUAGAGUUUGGGUUGGUGGAAUGCCAACAAGUCAAAAGUAGCAGGCUAACCUGAUGUUGCUAGGUAAAAAUAGAAGGCUACAGUUGGGAAGAGCAGUGACUCAGUGAGCAGUGUGGUGAUGGCAGAAUAGGAUGUCGGCCAAGGCACAGGAAGCGGGAUGGGAACACCCAGAGCAGUUCAGCAGUCUGUGUUUUGCUCUCAGAGGGAGUGGUUUCUGAGUCUGCUGCCGAGCGUUUCAGCUUGAAAUGAAUUAAACUGCUCUUCUUCUGUACUCAUUGAACGGUUUGACCCUGAAUAGAUUUUAGCAAAAACAGUUUAUGUGAAUUGUACUUUUUGUCCAGCCUGAUUCUAAGCCUGGUAUCUUUUCACUGACUUCAUGUGCUGCACGGCUGGCUCUGGCUGAGUUCUGAGUAGGGCUGUGGGCAGGUGGGCAGCGCGGUGAUGGGGAGCGGCGUCUGGUGGUGCUCAUCCAUUUGUAUGGCUCUGUAGUAGCUUCAUUGGCUGCCAUGUAGUCAUGUCUUAUUUUUUAAAAUUACCUGUGAUGUUUUGUUGUUUCUUCUUUUUCUUGAUUGUAAAUGGUUGUGAGAUCACCAAGGCAGUAAUUUGUUUUCUGUUCUUCUAUACGGAACUAAGUAGAUCCAGCACUUGUAUAGCUUCUAGUCUACUUCAUUGAGCAUCAGUCCUAAGUUAAUGUUCUGUGCUACCAUUUCUUGCCUGCAUCUGAGGUGUUGCAGUGAGCAGGUCAUGGUUCGGCUCGAUGCUCUGGGAAAUGUAAAGAGGCAGUAGAAAUGCCAUGAGGUACUGCACUUCUGUUCCAGGAGUCAGUGCUGGGGGGAGUCUAUAGAGCAUUCCUCAGAUAAGGUGAGUCACCAGUUCGUUGCAUUUUUUUGAAUUUAAGUAAACUUAGCUAAUGGCUUGUUUCAUGAAAGGCACAGACUGGCUUAUGGUUUUGACUCUUGAUAGCUUAAAUUAUACUUAAACCCUUAAUAUUGCAAGGCCUGUGAGCUCUGUGACUUUAGAUGUAAUUACGGGCUUGAAGCGUGUAGACACAACAUCCAGAAAAUGAUGGAUUUUGGAGGUUCAAGGGCAACUUUCUUUGAAGGUGAGCACAACAUGGGAUUAGUUAACUGAAGCAUCCGUAGGUGUUUCUAAUUCCAGAAGAGAAGCUAUUAGUCAAAUGUUUACAUUGUGUUUCAUUUCCUUUACAGUAGUCUUUUGAAUCCUUGCCUUAUUCUUAAAACGCAGGGCUACCUUUAACCCACUUCUUGGAGGAAUGAGAUAAUAAAACCCAUUCGUUGGCUGUUAGGAGGGAGGGCCAUAGAGCCCAUGCUGAAACUUUUAUGUGCCUUGCAGAGCCUCUGCUAGGAGGAGGUGGGAACUUCUUGUUCUGACCCUUGCAGAGCAGCCACUGCUUCCUUAGUGUAACUGACAUCCAUGGCCUGGAGCCUCAGACUGAAGAGUCUCCCUACAGGCUGCCUGUAAUAAUAAUUACAAAAUAAGAAAUCCACACGCUGGAGCAGUAUUUUUAGUCUUUUCAAAAAUUGACACUGGAGUGGGACCAAAUGCACUGGAAAAUAAAUGUAAUGCAGAGUGGUGUCAGUGGGGGGUUGGGGAGGUGCAGGGGAAGAAGUGUGGCUGGGCAAACAGUGGGGCCAGCAUCCGGCUGUGCACCUGAGCUGCACCAGUGGGGCAAUUCCUGUGUGGGUCUGCAGUUUCCUUGCUUUCUAGUAAGUGAAAUAUGAGUCUAAUUAUACAGGUGGCUUUCAGAAUCUGUCCUGGAUGCCUAAAGAUUUUUCAGGGAUGCUCUGGACCAUCCUAGAGCAUAUUUAAAGCUCUUACUAGCUGUGUUUCAUGGACUUCUAAGAAUAGCCUAGCUCACAGUGUGGGGGGGUCCCUGUGGCUGUAGAAGGGCCAGAGCUGCACCCCUGGAAAACAGGGCAAGGUUUGCAAUAGGCAUGGUGGAGCACCUGGGUGCAUGAUACCAGUGCCUUUGCUUUAUGUCUCAGCUAGGAGAGAGAUUAACCGUGCUUCUAAUGACAUUUCACGAAAGCAUUUUCUGUAAUUACUGCAGAAAAUACAGCAGUAGGAAAGGGAAGGGAGUUGGUCUGCAUGGCCGUGACCUGACUGGGGAAGGAGUCACUGGGCAGAGCUGGCUCAGCUGUGCUGGGAGAGUCUGUCCCAGCUUGGUGAGAUUAUGGCUGGCUUGUACUGCAGGCGUGAGUUCAAGAGAUUGCAGUGUGUGCCUGUUCUAGCUUUUCCUUUGUUUUUGAGUUCUUGUCCUUUACUACAGUGCCCCCGUGACUUGUGCAUGCGUGCAGUGGACAGGGGAGGGCAAGGAUCUGAAGACUCUUCCUACUAUUUCUUGUUAAAUGUGCUUUCCUGUUUGUCUGAAAGCUGUAUGAAAGUAGUUCUUGUUUGGUGUAUGGAAGAGACAAAGGAAGACAAAACACUGUGCCUCCAGGUCUAAGUUCUCCAGCACUGUGCUUAGUUCUAUGUAUAGCAUAAUAGCUUCAUUCAAAAUUUAUAUAUAUAUAUUUUUCCUCCUACAGUAGUCUGUUGCUGUCUCCUGUGACUAGCUGGUCAGUACACUUCAGUUUCAAUUAGUAGUGAAGGGCAGUAGUGCCCUAUUACUUUAAUUCCCAUGUACUUGUGUCAACCAAUUGAAGUUUUAUCCAUUUUAAGGGCAAGAAAAUACAUGCACUGCUGGAUCACUUGUUAUAUAUUACACAUUUGCAUGUUCCAUUGCUAGAGAUGAAGCAGAAUAAAAACAUUCAUAGUGAAGUUACAGGCUGAGGUGAUUCUGUGCAUAGUGUGUCGUGUCUUAAACAGGGCUGAAUUAUAGACAAAAGCAAACUGCUGCAGCACACAUAACCAGGAAUUCUUUUUCGCUAAACACUGAGUUUGCUGUUUCUAUAAAUGCCUUUCCACCCUUGUCCUCAAUUACAUCAACUUGCAUCAUCUGUGUCUGUUGUGUAGGAACAAUUAUCAUGCUUCUCAGCAUUCACAGGGCUUUUUUCCUCUACUGAAACUAUUAGAAGUUGCCAAAUAAUACAGAAAUCACGUGGAGCUAAAAAAAGUCAAUAUGCCACAUGGCAUUUGUAGGAAAACACGUUUCUCAAUAACCAUUGCUAAUUUUGUGCUUUAAAAAAAUUCAGGAUCAGAUGCCUUGUUUGUUACAUUAACUGUUGGCCCUGUCUUCAUAAGCUGUUAAGAGAGCAGUAGCUUCUCCUAGCUCAGUGCUUGGUGUUGGGCAUCCUUUUAAGGAUGUGCCAUUUGCAGUUUCCUAGUGUAAAUUUUCAGGUAUCGCAUCCUACUCUGCACAUCUCUGUUCCAUAAGAGCUGGCUGACCAAGGUGGGAUCUGUGUAAGCGCACCCAGAUCUCGAUGGAGUGCUUUCACUUCUUUUCAUUAAAACCUGAGUGCUUUUACAUGCUUAACUGCACGGAUUUCUCUGAUAUUCUCUCAAGAAGCAGUGUUUCUUCCUUCCUUUUUUGCCUGCUGGGCACAAGGCCUUUCUGCUUUAGUUUGUUCUGGCUGCCAUUGAGUGCUUCUGGGUGUUGGCAGUUCCUACAGCCUUGCAGGAGAGCUGCUCCCAUAAGGUGGUCACAGCAGGCUGGAUCACUAACACCACUGUGACCUUUGGGCAUACGGAGUUGAGCACAAUGCUUGUAUUAGCACCAAGACACCAUCUCAGUGCUUUUCAGAGAUUUUCUGUAUCCCAUUCCCUAUUCUCUAAGUGUGACUUUACCUGUUCUUUGGGCGUAUGCCUGGAAAAAAAAAAAAAGUUGGAGGUGCCUAAUUUUGUCAGUGAGUCACAUCACUGUACGUGACUUGUCCUCUCUGUUAUUUACUGUUCCUUUAAUCUUCUGAGCCCCCUUCUUUAGUAAUUUUCUGCCUUCCAUCAGAAGAAUGGCCACUUUAACUCGUGCCAGGUGACUCAAGGCUUGAUGCAUGUGGGGUCCUCCGGGAAACUCAUCUCACCUCAGGCUUUUGGUGGAAGGCAGGUGGUGGGCUGUGCCUGGUGCAGGCAGCACCCAGCCCUGAGCUGCCACUGAGUGGGGGCUCCUGCUGCCACUGUCUGACCUGCCUUCUCUUCUGUUUGCCCAUAGACAGAAGUGCAUCCCUUCAGAAAAAGGAAAGAAAUCUGUAAAGAUGUGGGCUUGUAGAAUCAUAAAAUGGCCUGGGUUGAAAAGGACCAUAAUGAUCACAGUUUCAACGCCCCGGCCAUGGGCCAACCACCAGACCAGGCUGCCCAGAGCCACAUCCAGCCUGGGACUUGUCUGUAGUGAGUGUGGAUCCCUGGCAGUGGAGCUGGCUUCUCCCACGUGCCAUGUGUAGAUCCCUUCGCAUGGUCUGCAGGCCGUGGAGCCCAUGGAGCACGGGCCUGGGCUCAGCAAAUACAUCCAUGCAAAAGCUGGUGUUACACACUUUGUAAUUUCUAUUUGCGAGUAAUCGGGCAUUUCACUGGUGUUCUCACUUAAUGUGUCCCUUCUAUGGAUUGUUCAGGUCUGCCUUACCAUGUUUGCUAAUGCUCAGGUACUGGGGCAUAAAGGCAAAAAAACAAAGCAGCAAAGCCUCCUGAACAAUCUCUUUUUCUGCAGGAGGAAAGGCAUUUGUGCAUGGUGUUCAAAACCUGCACUGAAAUUAACAGUCCCUCCUGGCAGCCCUGUUCUGGGGCACAACACAGGACACUCACACUAGAGCGGUGUAGCUGUUGCCUGCUUUUAUCUCCCAGAAGCAUAAAACAAAGAACUGCUGCUGUGCUGCAGAACUGGAGCUUCUGCAUUGCGCUCCGUGGGCACUGCGUGUGCCAGCGUGGCUCACGAGGAGCAGUGCAGCUGCUGCUUUGUUUAGGGAGACUUGUGGAGGUUUGGUUCUUUGCACGAGUUUGGACUGAGCGUGGUACGAAACAAUGAAUAUCCUGUAUGUUCCUCGUGAACCUUGUCUCUGUGUGAAAGCUGUUAAUGGUAACUAUAAAUGGACCUCUCUUAAAUAAGCCCGGCUCUCAGCAGUAGGAACUUGCUAUAAAAAUCUUAAAGAACAUUCUGUCCCACUUUCUCUAAUAUAAUUAACUCUCACUAUUUUUUCUCUAUUAAAUUUUUUAAUGUGUUAUGUGAUGCAGUGUGUCUUCUUUAUAUCUGUUACGUGUUGUUAAGGAUGUCAAGUCAUACUGCCAUCAGGCUCCUUCCAUUAGGACCCAGGAGAGGGUUUUCCUGUAGAAAGGCUGUGAUUCAGCUGUGGGUCGCAACACAAGCCGUUGUUCUUUGUGAUGGUGCAGCCUGGUUACACAGCCAAUUUACUCUGUGAAGCUUUCUUUUCUAAUUUUGUGUGCUUGGAGCAGCAAAGUUAUAGGUAGAAGAAAGGUGAGUUUUGGUGUUGUGAUGGCUCUUGGCAUGGUGGGAGGGCAGGCAGUCUGGUACAUCCAUUUUCUGUAGUUCAUGUUUAAAGCAUACCUUGGAAUGGACUGCAGGGAUGGCUACAGCUUAAUGCUUGUUAUACAGCAGUUGACAUUGAUUUUUGUCUUUUUGAAAUGGCAGAUACGUUAGAUGAGUACUUUGAGUAUGAAGCUGAGGAGUUCCUGGUCUCCUUGGCCUUGCUGAUCACCGAGGGUCGGACGCCCGAACACUCAAUAAAGGGCAGAACAGAGGGCUUCCAUUGUCCUCCAGCGCAGUCAAGUCAGCCACCAACAACUAAGCAUGAAUGCAGCGACAAGCUGGCUCAGUGUCGUCAAGCCAGGCGAACCAGAUCUGAGGUUAUGCUACUGUGGAAAAACAAUAUUCCAAUCAUGGUUGAAGUGAUGUUACUUCCAGACUGUUGCUAUAGUGAUGAAGGGCCCAACACGGAGGGGAAUGAUUUAAAUGAUCCCGCAAUCAAACAAGAUGCUUUGUUGUUAGAAAGGUGGAUUUUGGAACCAGUUCCUCGACAAAGUGGAGAUCGAUUCAUUGAAGAGAAGACACUUCUAUUGGCUGUUCGCUCUUUUGUUUUCUUCUCCCAGCUGAGCGCCUGGCUGAGUGUUUCACAUGGUGCUGUUCCCCGUAACAUUCUGUACAGGGUGAGUGCUGCAGACGUGGACCUGCAAUGGACAUUCUCCCAGACACCAACAGAGCAUGUCUUUCCCGUUCCUAACGUUUCUCACAAUGUGGCCUUGAAAGUCAGUGUCCAGUCCCUACCCAGACAAUCGAAUUACCCAGUUUUGACCUGUAGUAUUCACACCAACCUUAGCUAUUAUGAAAAGCAAAUGAAAGAGCGUAAGUUACAUCAGCACAGUGAAUCCAGUACAGCAGAGCUGUGCAGUACCUCCAGUCCACAGCGUGUCUGUGGGAAACAAGCAUGGACAAUGAUACCUGAAGGCCUGCUUAAUGUAAGAAAGACACCUGAAUUUACUUCAUCUAUCAGAAAUUUAAAGCUUUAUCCAUCUACUGGUCUUGGAUCUGAUUUUGCAGCGUCACAGUCUAAAGUUCAGUGCUAUAAUGCUGCAGCAGACAGUAAGACACAAUCUCAUGAAACAGCUGUUCGAACUUUUAAAUCCCUUUCUUUGGUUGAUUCCCGUGUUUCAAAUGGCCAUUGCUCUCAUCAGUCCACAGGAGAAACCAAUCCUUUGAUAGGUUCCUUACUUCAGGAGCGACAAGAAGUCAUUGCAAGAAUUGCUCAACACUUGAUUCACUGUGAUCCAGCUACUUCCCCAGUUGUUGCUGGACGUCCCUUCAACGUACAUGAAACCAGCACAGCUACACCAAAAGCUUAUCGGAGUACUUACGAAGAUGAAAACUUGCUGAGGAAAGGCAAGGAAACCUCAUCUGUUCCUACUGUCAAUUUAGAUAAUGCAAUACAAGAAGAUGGUGAAGGCAAAACUAGAGCAAUACCAGAAAUCCCACGUCUCGAUCCCCGUGCUCCAGCGAACCACUGUGGCCGUCCAUCUGCAGGAGAAGGUAAUCCUCUCAUUGACUCUCUGCUCCAGGAGCGGCGGGAGGUUAUAGCAAGGAUUGCCCAGCACUUGAUUCAUUGUGAUCCAGCUACUUCUCAUGUCAAUGGUCGUCCAUUCAAAGUACAUGAGAAUGGCCCGGUUUCGUCAAAAAUUUUCCGAAGUACAUACGAAGAUGAAAAUUUGCUGAAGAAAGUCAAGCAACCAUCUUCUGUUUCUUUUGCUAAAUCUAGUUUUUCUUUGCUAGAGGACAGCAGUAAAUCGAAGUUGAAAACACCUGAUACUCCUAUCAGUCCUAGGUUUGAUGGUGAAUCGAAGGCUUCUCUGAAACUUCAAGCAAGAAGAAAAUUGGUGUUAGCAAAGCCUAGUGAUGCUGUCCAAAAUGCAUUUCAUCAGACUUCAGAUAAGACUUCUCAUUCAUUUACUAACACACGUACGUCGUCGUUGUCUGUUAAAGAAAAUAAAUCCGAAUUGCCGGAUAAAUUGGAAAUGAUGCAGUCUGAUUAUAUGCAGAAAGACCAGGUAACCAAUAGAAUUAAACAGUGUUCAAAUUUUAGCAGCAUCGAUGAACAGAUUUGCACAAAUAAACUUAAAGAAAGAACAGUUGUUAGUGAGAAUAACAACACGGGCACUUUUAACAGUUUGCAGAUAGAUAAAUGCAGAAUACUUGAAGGUACAAAGAAAGCAACUGUGUUGCAGGCAUCUGACUCUUUGCACAAGAAUGAACUCAAAUGUUCAGAUAAAGACUCAAAAAAGCCAAGUAUUUAUGAGCAAAAUACCCAGCUUAUUAGUAUUGAAAAUUAUUUAAAUAAAGACCACGACAAUUUCAAAAAUAAAAACAGACAAGAUAAAACGAAAGCUGCACAUGAUGAGAAUGAAGAGCCAGUAGGCCUUGAUUUCCAAAGCACUUCUCAGAAGAAACCUACAGAAGAUGGCUCUAUUAGGUGUGAGCGGCUGAAGAACCCAGAUGUGCAGAAAGCACCAUCACUGAAACACACAAAUCUAUGGCGGAAACACCAUUUUCGAUCCUUGGAUGGAACUUCAACCAAGGCUUUUCAUCCCCGAACUGGAUUGCCUCUGCUUUCAAGUCCUGUUCCUCAGAGGAAAACACAAUCUGGGUGCUUUGAUCUGGAUUCAUCACUACUGCAGCUGAAAUGUUUGUCAGCAAGAAGCCCACAACAAUGUAUAAACAGAGAGAGUGAUCCAGAGAGCCAUGGAAAACCAUUUCUAAGUUCUAGUGCUCCACCAGUAACAAGUCUUAGCCUUCUGGGAAACUUUGAGGAGUCCGUCUUGAACUUUCGCUUAGACCCGCUGGGCAUCGUUGAGGGCUUCACAGCAGAAGUGGGAGCCAGUGGAGUCUUCUGUCCCACUCACAUGACUCUGCCAGUUGAAGUGUCAUUCUACAGCGUUUCGGAUGAUAAUGCACCCUCUCCUUACAUGGGUGUAAUUACUUUAGAGUCCCUUGGUAAAAGGGGUUACCGGGUACCGCCUUCAGGAACGAUACAAGUGACCUUAUUUAACCCUAACAAAACUGUGGUGAAGAUGUUUGUGGUGAUCUAUGACUUAAGAGAGAUGCCAGCUAAUCAUCAGACAUUCCUACGGCAAAGAACUUUCUCUGUUCCUGUGAGACGAGAAAUCAAGCGGACUGUCAAUAAAGAAAACAGCCAACAGACUGAAGAAAGGCUGCUACGCUACCUCAUCCAUCUGAGGUUCCAGAGUUCUAAAUCUGGAAAGAUCUACCUCCACCGAGACGUUAGGCUCCUGUUCUCUCGGAAGUCCAUGGAAGUUGAUAGCGGCGCUGCAUACGAACUCAAAUCUUACACUGAAUCUCCCACAAAUCCUCAGUUUUCCCCAAGAUGUUAGCAAAAAGUGGCAAACUGAAGUAUUCGUUUUACUGUUGAUUACUCCGUGCAAGAGAAAAUUGGUAAAGCUGUAUAAAAUUAAAUCUGUAAAGGAAUGAGGAUAGCGCUCGAGAGAGAAGGUUCUUGUGUGAUCCCGGACCAGUUUUGUAACAGGUUUCUGGAAUGAGCUUUGUGUAUUCCAUGUAGACUGGAAGCGUACUUCUAAUCUUUUUGUACUGUUUAAAACCACUUCAUUGGAUGUGUUGCAAUAGCAAUUUCCUAAGUUAGCUUAGUGUUUACACUUUUUAUUUUAUUUUUCAGUUAUUUAAUAUUUAAUGUUUCAUUUAAUACUCAAGUGAUGUUUGUCUUUAGUGUUCUAAUGUAGCAUAAAUCCUAUGUAAAAUCAUACUAUGUAUUUUUGGCAUUAAUAUUGAAUCUGAAAUAUAUACAGAUGUCUUUAAUCUGUGUGAUGUUUUAAGUGAUAUUCAUUUAAGUUAUUGAAAAUGGGGACAACGGCUGAAUUUCCAUAACAUUUCAUACUAUGCAAGCAUUCAGCUUUCUUUUUUCUCUUUAAUGGUACCCUUCUUUCUUUUUCCUCUCAUACAGAUUUAAUAACACUUGCAACCAUGGUGUGGAAUGUUUGUUUACUUACCCUUGCAUUCACAUCUUUGAUUCAAUUCAUGUUUAGCUCCCUCCAUUCCUUUCUUUCCACAACAGCCACUUUGACUUUGCUGUCUGUUGGUGUUUCAUAUAAUUCCCACCUUUCACACUUAAUUUCUCAGAUUGUACUGAAGGAUGUACUGUGCAAACAAAUUAGCAUUUAUAUCUUAAAUAUAUGCAAAAGCUAUGGAACAUGUACUUUGUUUUAUUUUUAGAUAAGGAGGAUCUUCAUGUAAUCCUAAAUAUUUUUAAUAGGUCAAUUCCAUGUAGGCCACUAGGUGGCUAUAUAAAGUUUUACUAGAGAUGCUAUGUUGGGCAUAUAAAUGCUUUCCAAUACAUGUAUUCCUAAAACAAAUCACAAUCAGAUAAACAGUUUAUGCUAAGUGUUAAACUGUGUAACUGAGAGAAAUAAAGCUAGAAGCAUUUGAUUAUAUUUGAAGUAUAUAUUUAAUAAUGUAAAUGAAGCUUUAUAAUGCUUGCCAAAGAUCUCGGAGUUUCUCUGCUGUCUUACCUUGGAUAAUGUUUUUCCUUACAUCGCUGUGCUUUUUCAUAGUGUCAGUAAUGUGAAAGGUGACCUUUCACAUCUGGGAGUGUAACAUCCUUAUCUGACAAAGACUGGAGAACGAAUGAAUGUGUGCAUUGUAUAUUCAGUGCUGCUCUUAGAUGAGGUGAGAAGUCAGAGCACCACCAAAUCUCCAGGAAGCCUGCCAGGGACAGUAAGGGAGACCAGACUUUCCAGAUGAUACUUAUCAACUUUCUUGUGUAUUCAAAUGACUGUUGCUACAGAAGGGCAAAACCCAAAUAUUACUGAGCUUGUUUCCAGCUGAAGCAGUAUUUUUCCCCAUUACAGUGGGUUUUCAAAGAUUAGCAUUUGUUUUAAUGAAACUUGGGAGAAAUUGUACAAGGAAAUUGCUUGCAGUUUCUAGUCAUUUGUGUGUCCUGUAGAGCUGAAAAAGGUUUCUUGGUAGCAGAAGAAUGAAAUACAACUGCAGUUGUACUGCAUGUGUAACUGGGGCCUAAUGUAGUAUAAUGGGAAUGCAUCCUAGUUUCUCUGUAUCAAGUGUUCAGUCACAAGCAAACAGCAUGUAUCCUAGAAGUAUACUUGUCUAUGUCAUGGUGCACAUCUGCUUGUGUACCUGAUGGAAAAAGGGGUCAGGAAAAGGACACUUUUCAUUAAAAGUCAUAAUUCACCUUUAGUGGAUUAACCUUGUAUUUUGCACUGACGAUAUGCAAUGAUUUUGUGUCUGUAUCUUUAUAUGACUUGUUCAAUCCAUCAUUUUCUCUCUUCAGAGUAAUUUAUUUAUUUGUCUUGAACAGCAGUGAAGUGUGGGUUUUUUGGAGAUAUGGUCACUACAAGUCAUAUCCAUGUAAUGACUUUGUAUUAAAGAGUCAAACUGCACUGAUUCCCUGUACAGGUGCCAUUCAAAAUGAAAGUGGCCUCAGGUUAUCCAUGUACAACUUGAAGGAAUUUUCCAUUCACAGUUGAGUUGCACAACUCAUUAGAGACACACAUGGAUAAAUGCUGAAUAUUUGCAAAAUGUGAUCUCUGUUCCAUGUGACUUACUCUGCCUCAGUCUAGAAAUGAGACUAGACUAAUGCUGAGAGGCCAUUUGCUUUUUCUGUUUGCUUUUCAAUAGGUUCAGCCUUAUGAAAUUAUUUUUUACAAAUGUUUCCAAGUGGCUUGAGGGCCUCUAGUGAUGGAAGUCACAGACAGUCCUGUCUAGUGCUGAACUUUACUUACGGAGAAAGCUUUUUCUAAAGUCCAACUUGAGCUUGCUAAUGAAGUCAGGUACUACUUGUCCUGUUCGCAAUAAGCAAAGAAAAGAGUUUACUUCCCAUAUACUCUUCCUCAAUUUUACUUUCUAUGUCUGGAACAACUGCAGACUGCUCAGCCAGCCUUGCAUUUUCUACCUCUCAUCAUUCUGGCUCCUUGUUUCCUCCCUUUGGGCUGAAUCUCUCUUGAAAUGCCUCAAGCUGGACAAGCAGGGCCUCUCUGUGCCCGUUAGUGUGGAAGGAUGGGUAGGUACGUCUCAUGGAUGAAACUUCUCUUCAUACAUGCCACUAUAAUACUUGCUUUUUCAGUAUCAGGGGGUAUCAACUUGUUUUCAUCUUGCCUCACUGCACAGCCUCUGUCGUGCCCGGCUCUCACUCCUGUUUGAACUCAGAGAAACGGGCCGGCUGUCGGUCACCUGCGACCCUGUGCAUUCCUUAUGUGCUCCUAUAUAGUGCAAAGCACUUGUGCCGUUCCUGAGGUUUUUCAUUCACGGACAUCUUUGCGCCGGAUGCUUUACGUUUAUUCUCUUAAAGCACAAUUUCAAGGAACCACUGGGCUCUGCGCCGCGGUUUCCUUGAGCGCUGGGCACGGCGGGGUAACGUCACACCCACAACCCGCGAGGACGCCCGGAAGCGCCUCACCGCGGCCCGCGCUGCUCCCACAGAACACCGAA